CGGGAAGUAGCCGUGUUUCGGCCGCUUUAUUUGCACCGGGUACUAGACGGGCACAUCUUAACGGUGGUGACCGCUCAGUGCUGGCCCCGUGUCGGCCUCAGAGGAUCCCGCCUGGGCACAGCCGGGAUCGGACGGGCCACGCGCUGAGAGACGAUGACGGCGAUCAAGCACGCGUUGCAGAGGGAUAUUUUUACGCCGAACGAUGAACGCCUGCUGAGCAUCGUGAACGUGUGCAAAGCGGGCAAGAAGAAAAAGAACUGUUUUCUGUGUGCCACAGUGACAGCGGAGCGCCCCGUGCAGGUGAGAGUGGUCAAGGUGAAGAAGUCUGACAAAGGGGACUUCUACAAAAGACAGAUCGCCUGGGCCCUCCGAGACCUGGCUGUGGUCGACGCCAAAGAUGCCAUCAAAGAAAACCCUGAAUUUGAUUUACAUUUUGAAAAAGUCUAUAAGUGGGUUGCCAGCAGCACGGCUGAAAAGAACACAUUCAUCUCAUGCAUUUGGAAAUUGAAUCAGCGCUAUCUCCGGAAGAAAAUCGAUUUUGUCAAUGUUAGCUCACAGCUUUUGGAAGAGCUGCCUAAAGUUACAGAAGAAUCUGUUCCAAGUGGAGAGAACCAGAGUGUAACAGGAGGGGAUGAAGAAGCAGUGGAUGAGUACCAAGAGCUAAGUGCCAGAGAAGAGCAGGACAUUGAGAUCAUGGUGGAAGGCUGUGAGUAUGCCAUCGCCAACGCCGAAGCCUUUGCGGAAAAGCUGUCCCGGGAGCUGCAGGUGCUGGACGGGGCCAACAUUCAGUCAAUCAUGGCCUCUGAAAAACAAGUGAACACCCUGAUGGGCCUGCUGGAUGAGGCUCUAAAGGAGGUGGACCAGAUUGAGUCAAAACUGAGCAGUUACGAGGAAAUGCUGCAAAGUGUGAAGGAACAAAUGGAUCAGAUCUCAGAAAGCAACCACCUCAUUCACCUCAGUAACACCAACAAUGUGAAACUGCUGUCAGAGAUCGAGUUCCUUGUGAACCACAUGGACUUGGCCAAAGGUCAUAUCAAGGCCCUGCAGGAAGGAGACCUUACUUCUUCCCGAGGCGUUGAGGCGUGCACCGAUGCUGCGGACGCCCUUCUGCAGUGCAUGAAUGUGGCUCUUAGGCCAGGCCACCAUAUGCUGCUGGCCGUCAAGCAGCAGCAGCAGCGGUUCAGUGACCUGCGAGAGCACUUUGCCCGGAGGCUGGCUAGUCACCUCAACAACGUUUUUGUGCAGCAGGGUCAUGAUCAGAGUUCAACUCUUGCUCAGCACUCUGUUGAACUGACUUUACCCAAUCACCAUCCGUUCCACAGAGACCUGCUCCGGUAUGCCAAGCUGAUGGAGUGGCUAAAGAGCACAGACUAUGGCAAAUACGAGGGGCUGACGAAGAAUUACAUGGAUUAUUUAUCCCGACUCUAUGAAAGAGAAAUCAAAGAUUUCUUUGAAGUUGCAAAGAUCAAGAUGACUGGCGCAACUAAAGAAAGCAAGAAGUUUGCCACCCUGCCUCGAAAAGAGAGUGCUGUCAAACAGGAAACAGAGAGUCUUCACGGAAGCUCUGGAAAGCUGACUGGAUCUACUUCUAGUCUGAACAAGCUCAGCGUUCAGAGCUCGGGGAACCGCAGGUCCCAGUCGUCCUCCCUGCUGGACAUGGGGAACAUGUCGGCCUCUGACCUUGACGUCGCUGACAGAAUCAAGUUUGACAAGAUAUUUGAACAGGUCCUCAGUGAACUGGAGCCCCUGUGUCUGGCAGAGCAGGAUUUCAUAAGUAAAUUCUUCAAGCUGCAGCAACAUCAAAGUUUGCCUGGAACUGUGACUGAAGCAGAGGACCUGGAUGGAGGAACGCUGUCACGGCAACCUAACCCUGGCACUGGGCUGCAUGUUUCCUCUGAGAAAGAUAUGAUUCGUCAAAUGAUGACUAAAAUAUUCCGCUGCAUUGAGCCAGAACUGAACAACUUAAUUGCAUUAGGAGACAAAAUCGAUAGUUUUAACUCCCUCUACAUGCUGGUCAAAAUGAGCCACCACGUGUGGACUGCGCAGAACGUGGACCCUGCAUCUUUCUUGAGCACCACGCUGGGCAAUGUCCUGGUGACUGUCAAAAGGAACUUUGACAAAUGCAUUAGUAACCAGAUAAGGCAAAUGGAAGAAGUCAAGAUUUCAAAGAAGAGUAAAGUAGGAAUUCUUCCAUUUGUUGCUGAAUUUGAGGAAUUUGCUGGACUUGCAGAAUCAAUUUUUAAAAACGCUGAGCGCCGUGGCGAUCUGGACAAAGCGUACACCAAACUCAUCAGAGGAGUGUUUGCCAAUGUGGAGAAAGUAGCAAAUGAAAGCCAGAAGACACCCAGGGAUGUCGUUAUGAUGGAAAACUUUCACCAUAUUUUUGCAACUCUUUCUCGUUUGAAAAUCUCAUGUCUAGAAGCUGAGAAGAAAGAAGCCAAACAAAAAUACACAGAUCACCUUCAGUCUUAUGUCAUCUACUCUUUAGGACAACCUCUUGAGAAACUGAAUCACUUCUUCGAAGGCGUUGAAGCACGAGUGGCCCAGGGCAUCCGAGAGGAGGAAGUGAGCUACCAGCUGGCAUUCAAUAAGCAAGAGCUUCGCAAAGUGAUUAAAGAGUAUCCGGGAAAGGAAGUGAAGAAAGGUCUAGACAACCUGUACAAGAAGGUGGACAAGCAUUUAUGUGAAGAGGAGAACUUGCUGCAGGUGGUGUGGCACUCCAUGCAGGAUGAAUUUAUACGCCAGUAUAAGCACUUUGAAGGUCUGAUAGCUCGCUGUUACCCUGGAUCUGGUGUUACGAUGGAAUUCACUAUUCAGGACAUUCUGGAUUAUUGCUCCAGCAUCGCACAGUCCCACUAAGCCUUAGAAAGAAGAAAGGAGAAAUGAAUCAAGCACUGUCAGUACCUGCCUGAGACACUACAUAAAAUCAAGCAAGGGCCUGGGGAGAAAACUCACCGGACAGAGGUUCUUACUUGCCAAGCUUGCUGGCAUGGGCUCAAUUCCCCAGCCAUCCAUGUAAAGCAGGACAAACAUUAAUUUACAUCAGCAAGAGACUCUGGUGCACACGUAUGCAUGCAUAUGCACGGACAGCCACACUCCUGCAAGUAAAUAAAUGAAAGUCAAUUGUUUUGAGAAUCCAGAACAACACUUUGUGUUAUUAAAUAUCAGAUAAAUAUAAUACUAUACUAAGAUAUUUAAGUGCAAACAUACCAGCCUGUGUAGCAAUUUUAUUUGUCCUAUAGACUGUGUACUACCUUAAAGUAUUCAUCUCAUCACUAAAUGCCAUUAGCACUUUUCAGUGACUGGGAAGGAUAUUUCCUUACUACACAGCCUGUACUAGAGAGAGACUACCCUGUGUGUAAUGCACUGGCACUUCUGCCCGGCUUGUGUUGGAAAGACUACCCUGUGUGCAAUGCACUGGAGUUCUGCAGCAUUCACUCUUGGUUAUAAAUCAUGUAAUUCCUAAAAUGUUGAACAGAAUGUUGUGUGACGGUCUAACAAGCAUAUAUGUGGGUAAAGGAGUUCAUGUAAUGAUCAAUUUUAAAUUUUUUUGAGGAUUAUGUGGUUCUGUGUAAUUAGAAAACAAAAAUUUGUUUUUAAAAAGUUGA